AUGGCAGUCUGGGCUGCCGCCAGCCUGGGCAGGGCUGCUGCCUGCUGCUUGCGGGCGCGAGGCCCCGGGACCCGGUCGCCUUUUCCGCGGCUUCCCCCGUCCUCUCAACCCGAGCCGCCGGGAGGCUGCCCCGCUCUGGGCAGGACGCUGCACCUCACUGCGGCGGUUCUCGCCGGGCACAACAAGUGGUCCAAAGUCCGGCAUAUCAAGGGUCCCAAGGACGCCGAAAGGAGUCGCAUCUUCUCGAAGCUCUCGCUGAGCAUCCGCCUGGCGGUUAAAGAGGGAGGUCCCAACCCCGAGCUCAACAGCAACCUGGCCAACGUCUUAGAGGUGUGUCGCAGCAAGCACAUGCCCAAGUCCACGAUUGAAGCAGCGCUGAAAAUGGAGAAAACCAAGGACACAUAUUUGCUGUAUGAGGGUCGAGGCCCUGGUGGCUCUUCUCUGCUCAUUGAGGUGUUAUCUAACAGUGGCUCCAAGUGCCAUUCGGACAUCAGACGUAUCCUGAACAAGAAUGGAGGAAUGAUGGCAGAAGGAGCUCGUCACUCCUUUGACAAAAAAGGAGUGGUCGUGGUUGGCAUGGAGGACAGAGGGAAGAAAGCUGUGAACCUAGAGCGCGCCUUAGAGCUGGCAAUUGAAGCAGGAGCUGAGGAUGUUAUGGAAACUGAAGACGAAGAGGAAAAGAACAUCUUUAAAUUUAUUUGUGAUGCCUCGUCACUGCAUCAAGUGAGGAAGAAGCUGGACUCCCUGGGCUUGUGUUCUGUGUCCUGUACACUAGAGUUCAUCGCCAACACCAAGGUGCAGCUGGCUGACCCCGACCUGGAGCAGGCUGCGCAUCUCAUCCAGGCUCUUGGCAGCCAUGAGGACGUGAUCCAGGUCUACGACAACAUUGAGUAGCCUGGCUGUAUGUGCUCCGGGCUCCUUCCUGGGCAAGCGGCAGCCCGUUGUGGAGCAAGGGCUUCCGCAGCAUCCUCUGAGACUGAAGCAGGAGAGGAGCCUAAGAGGUUAGGAGGCAUAAGGCCAGGAUCUGCAGCCUUGAGGGCUAAGGACUCUCCACACCUCCAUGGGCCCUCAGUGUCAGAUAUGCUGGUAACUCAGCCCUUCUGGAUGAGCCCCCCUGCCCUCAUGCGUGUAGGGCCAGCUGGUCAGGCUCUGAUUGCAGGAGGUUGACCCUUGCGGGGAUGGGAUUGUAGGUGCCCUGAGGGCCUGUGUACUAGAAACUGCUCUUUCUUAAAUGAUAAGUGAUUGAUCUUGGUUGCUGCAUUGCUGUUGUAUGGCUCUUGGGUUUUCCUGGGUUUGUGUCCAGCUGUUGAGACCCUCUUGACUUCCUUACAAGUUCAUUGGCUUAAUUCUGCUAUUUCAGUCCUGGGACUGUUGUUUAUUUUUUUUUGAUUGGGCAUAGAAAUGUAGCUCUCUUCAGGCACUCUGUGGUUUGAUGCUGCUGUAAUGGCCUCAGCCUGCCGUUCAUUCAUGCAAUAAUAUUUUUUAAACAUCUACUGUGUACACAUACCAGGAACUGUAGUUAUGUAGAGCACAAGCUAUUCAAUUGGUGCCUUGUCUUAGAUUCUUAGAUCCUGCCCCAAGACAUAGGACCUCAGAGGAAAGAAAGACCCAGGACUGCUCUUGGCUGAGGCUGUCACAGGGCAGUGUGAGCAUCCCUGUUUUCUUUGUGUGGCCACUGUGCCCUUCUUCACCAGAGAGCUUUAUGCUCCAACCUAGUAGGAAAUCAAGUGCCAGGCCUGAUUUGCCGGGCCCCCUGUGUGUUCUGAGAUUGGCCAGCGUGGGCCUGUCAGCAGAUUGGACAGUUCUCAGGGAGGACUACACCAAGCUGGGUUUGAAUGAUCCUUGGCCCCCAUAAUGCCUAACCCUAGCUCCUUUUCAUCCCUGAUGCCACAUGAUGGGCACUGAGAACUAGAGAGGAAAUGAGAGCAAAGGGAAGGGCAAAAGGCUGAGUCAGAAGCCUGGCCAGGAGGGAAAUAGGGCCCUUGUUGCCUUUUGUUCCCAGUAGCCACUUCUGGAUUAAGAGAGGCCAGAAACGCUAAACAGCUUUGCCGGAGCCCAUCUGGCACGUCAGGCUGGAGGCCUCAGUGGCUUUUUGAUCCCUGUUAUUCACCUACUUAUAAGUUGUUGGAGCCAUUUCUGAGCUCAGGGUAAUCUUCCUGAAGGAGUCUCAGGUAAGUGAGGAUAGAAAAGAACUAAAAUGAAAUUGGUUGCAAAUAAUAACUUUAGCUCCAGGAAAAACAGAUUACUAAUUCCACAGGGACUUCUACAGCUGGGGAUCGAGGACUAGGGUAAAACCAGUGAAAUAAUUCAUGAUCAUAAUACUACCUGAGAUUUCUUGUUUUUUGUAGGUAAUGACUCAUCCAAGUAUCUGAAUUAAAAAUUACCUAUAGUCUUCAGCAAUAGCGUAUCAUUAACAUAGGCUGACUUAAAGUUGCUUAAAGCAGCAAUUUAUGCUGCCUCAUAAUUUAUAAGAUACUUUUAUAUUUUAUUUUAUGUAAUUUUCACAACAAGCCAAUAAAAUAGGCAGACCAAGUAUUUUUUGCACAAAUGAUCUCAUACCAAGCAGGUGAGAACUGGUCUAAUACUGCAUCUUAUAUUGAUAAACUUCGGUUUAUAAAAUGGCUGUUCUGAAAGUGUUGAAUGUAAAUUAAUUUGACGAAAUCAGAUAAUUUAACCUGUACUAAGGGAGCUUGCUCUGGAAGGGAACUUGGUUGCUUGUGUGAGUCGUCCUUCUCUGUGGUGUAGUUAACAAGCUCGGCCGCUAACUGAAAGGUUGGAGGUUUGGAGGUUUAAGUCCACCCAGAGGUGCCUUGGAAGAAAGGCCUGUUGAUCUGCU